AUGAGUCAAGGUCGUACUACGGUGGAGGCGGCAGCAGCUGUGACUGUUUGCUCCCCUUCGCUAAUGUCUCAGGCGGAGACAGCAAUACCCCGGGACGUGCUAAAUUUUAUUCCUGAUUAUAGCGGUGAAACUAAUUUACUAAGCUUAUUCUUACGAAAGUGCAAAUAUGUUAUCGAACGAUAUCAAGGAACCGUAGAGCGGAAAGAAUUUUUAAUGGAAAUAAUUACGAGUGAAUUAAAAGGAAAAGCGGCAGCCCUUAUAAGUGAAAGAGGCGACUUUGAUACUUAUAACGAAUUAAAAUCCUUGUUGAUUCAACAUUUCGGAGAUCCCAGGAGUGAGGAGUGCGCGGCGAUAGAAUUGGAAACCUUAAAAAUUCAACAAAAUGAGUCAUAUUUAGAAUUUUGCAGUCGCAUACAGGAUAUUCGUGCGAUAUUAAUGUUGAAAGUUAAUCAGAAUAGUUCCACGACAUUAAGAGAAGCUAAACAUGUUAUUUAUAAUAAUACUUCACUAAAUGUUUUCAUGUACAAUUUACCAGAACAUAUGGUACGGCUUGUUCGAAUUAAAAGCCCAGAUUCAUUGGAGGAGGCGCUAAAAUUUGUCCUUGAAGAGGUUAAUUUUCAGGAACAAUAUAAUUUACGCAGUAAGAUGUUGCAACACCGUUCGAAAAGUACGUUAUUGCCAUCAUGCGAUAAAGACUUUGCUUUUAAUUCAUCGAAUCCGAAACCUAUUUUAACACAGCCUCCAUUGCAAUACAAUAAUAAUUUCAGGCCUCUCGCAAAUCAACUUCGAUUUAAAUUCGGCAUACCUAAUCAAAAUUUUGUGCGCCCAAAUAUUAUUCCAAAUCAGCAGAAUGGUUUCCGACCUCAGUUGAAUCAAUUUGGAUACAGGCCGCCGGUUUAA